GGAAGAAGGGACGGGGACAUGGUGACCAUCUGGCUCGGCCACUUAAGGAACACGCAAGAUGGCUGCCAGGACCCUGCUGGAUGCUCCUCUAACCUGGAUGUGCUUCUGGCCCCUCCUCCUCCUCCUCCUCAUCCCAGUGGCCCUCUUGGUGGAGUCUGGCUGGAGUUGCCCUUCGAGAUGCAACUGCUUGUCCCAGGACAAGGUGGUCUCCUGCAACGGCCGGCACCUGACAGCCGUGCCCGGUGGCAUCCCUCCCGAUUCCGAGUUCCUGGACUUGAGCCACAACCGCCUCCGCACCCUCCACCAGGGGAUGUUCUCCCGCCUCCGGGCCUUGAAGGAGCUGGACCUGAGCCGGAACUUCCUCUCCAACAUCGAGCCUGGGGCCUUCAACGGCCUUCAGAAGCUGAUGACCCUCCGGCUGAAGCGCAACCGGCUGAAGAUCAUCCUGGCCGACUUCUUCACGGGGCUCCCCAACCUCACGGUCCUGGACAUCAGCGAGAACAAGAUCGUUGUCUUCAUGGACUACUCCUUCCAAGACCUCUCCAACCUCAAGAAGCUGGAGGCCGGAGACAACCACCUGGUCUUGGUUUCCGACCGAGCGUUCAGCGGCCUCCAGGGGCUGCGGCAGCUCACCUUGGAGAAAUGCAACCUGACCGGCAUCCCAACGCAGGCGCUCUCUCUCCUUUGCCACCUCGUGGAGCUCAGGUUCAAGGUCCUGAACAUCAGCAUCAUUCCCGACCACUCCUUCCAGAAACUGCCCCACCUGAAGGUCCUGGAGAUCCACCGGUGGCCGUUCCUGACUGCUCUGGCGCCCCGCAGCCUCUCUGACUUAAACAUCACCUCCUUGUCCAUCACCAGCUGCAAUCUCAGCGUCAUCCCUUAUGAGGCCAUCAAGCACUUGGCCUACCUGCGGUUCCUCGACCUCUCUCACAACCCCAUCUCUAUGAUCCACGGGAGGAGGCUGGUAGACCUCUUGAGGCUUCAGGAGUUCCAUCUCACAGGCGGCCGGCUGGUCACGAUACAGGCCAAAGCUUUCCAGGGCCUCAACCACUUCCGUCUCCUCAAUGUCUCUGGCAAUGACUUGCAAACCCUCGAGGAAAGUGUCUUCCACUCUGUGGGGAACCUAGAGGUCCUCCGCUUGGAUGGAAACCCUCUGGCUUGUGACUGCCGCCUUCUGUGGAUCGUCCGGAGGCGGAGAAGGCUGAAUUUUGAAGCCCAGCAACCAGCCUGCGCCACCCCCUUGACGGUAGAAGGGAAAGUCUUCCAAGAAUUCUCAGAGAUCCUGCCCGGCCAUUUCACUUGUCGAAAGUCCGAGAUUAGGGACAAGACACCUCAGGCCGUCAGCGUUGAAGAAGGUGGACAGGCAACGUUGACUUGCAAAAGUGAAGGAGAUCCUCCACCCACCGUUUCCUGGCUGUCUCCUCGGAAGAUCCCGUUCCAUGCCAGGCAGAAGGGUCGGAUCCACGUCCUUCCCAACGGCACGUUGGAGAUCCGGCACGCGUUGCUUCAGGACAGCGGGCCAUACCGCUGCGUCGCAAGCAACAUUGCUGGCAACGACACCCUGGUAGCCCAUCUCCACGUCCAUGCCUCCACUCCACUUUGGAACGACUCCUUCCUCUGGAACAACCUCAGCCUUCUCAAUGCCUCAGAUGCCUUCCACCCCUUCUUCCUUGACAUUGGCACCAUGGUGGGGGUCCUGGCCAUUGGGUUUGUGCCCUUUCUCUGCUCCGUCAGCAUUUGUUUUCUCUUGAUCUUCCUCUGGAGUAAGGGCAAAGGGAACGUCAAGCACCUUGUCAUUGAGUCUGCCCCCCGCUGGCCUCGCGGUUACAAGGCUGUGUCUCGCAGACGGAGAACAGCCCCGAAAAAACCCAGAUGAGCUACCCAAGUGGCUUCCCUCUUAAGUGUGCCAUUUAGUUUUCUGUAUAACAUCAAUGCUUAAAGGCCAAAGGGAAGUCAUCUUAAUUCUUUUGUUUCCGCUAGAUUCCCACUGCUGAUUUAGGCUGUGAGGAGUGUGCUUAAUUUACCAAAGGGACGUGUAAUUUUUCUAUCAAUGAGAGGAUUUCCCCCAUCCGGAUUAUUUGGGUUCCUUCCAUGCAUUGGUUUCUGGCCUUCAUAGAAAGCGGCCUUAUACCAAGUCAGACACUCGGUCCAUCUAGCUUAGCUGACAAGCAGCGGCUCUUCAGGAUUUCAGGUGGGCGUCUCUCCCAGCCCUACCUGAAGAUGCUGCCAGGGGUUGAACCUGAGACCUUCUGUAUGCAAGGAGAGGAGAGCUCUACCACUGAAUAUCAUAUGGGAGGAGAGCUCUACCACUGAAUAUCUUACAGCAGACAUUGCUCACAUGUAUUUACCCAUCCAAAUGCAAACCCUGGUUUGCAUUUCACUCCUCCAGAAUGUCAGGUUAACUAGGGCAACCAUGCACACACCUCUGAGUGAGCUCCUUGUGGCGGAGAGUCAUAAAUAAACCACAUGAGGCAUCGUACGAUGCUCAAAUAAAUUUGGAGGAAAUGAAUUCCGUUACAAGCCCACACAGAGGGGGAAGUGGGAGGAGAGCUGGUCCCGUGGCAGCGAGCAUGCAUUGCCCCAUUCCUAAGCAGGGGCUGCCCAGGUUUGCUUUUGGAUGGGAGGCUACACGUGCAAGCACUGUAAGAUAAGUCCCCUUCGGACAGUGGCUCCCAAACUGGGAGCCUCCAGAUGUUGCUGGACCACAAUAAGUUGUAGCUGGGGCUGAUGGGAGUUGGAGUUCAGCAACAUCUGGAGGCUCCCAGGUUGGGGACCACUGCUUUAGGGGAAGGGGCCGCUCUGGGAAGAGCACCUGCAUGCGUGCAUGCAGAAGGUUCCAAUUUCUCUUCCUGGCAUCGCCAAGAUAGGGCUGAGAGCAGUAGUGGAGCCAGGCCGGCGGUGGCCUGUGUCCAGCCCCCUAUGUCUGAUGUCAGAUGCAGGGGUUAGCCACGCCCCCAUGUCUAACAUCAGAUGCGGGGGGCAUGUUGAGGCAGCAAGGCGCGGCCCCUGAGGGCCGGUGGCCCAGGUUCUUUGAACCCAGUCACCCAAUAGUAGCUACGCCCCUGGCUGAGACUCCUGCCUGCAACCUUGGAGAAGACACUGCCAGUCUGGGUAGACAAUACUGAGCUAGAUAGUCUGACUCGGUAUAAGGCAGCUUCCUGCGUUCUCUAAGCAUGAUGAGGGAGAGACAGGGUAGAUGUUUAUUUAAUUAGGCACCAUGUCGAAAGAGUGGACAGGGAGAGAAAUUUGUUCUCCCUUUCUUCUGACACGAGAUAGAAGUUGUUGGGAGUCACCCACCGAAAUGAAUGUGCAGUAGAUUCCAAAGAGACCAAAGGAUUUCUUCAACCCAGUGCAUAGUUAUUGAAGGAGCCACCACAAGAUGUGGUGUUAGCCAGCGGCUCAGAGGCCACUGAAAAGGGGGUUAGACUAAUUCAUGAAUGAGGACUAAAGAAGCCAUGGUUUCUGUGUUUACCUGAAUCAAAGACUAGGGUUUUUUUUUUUCAAGUUAGAAAUUAGUGGGUCAUCUUAAAUUCGGAGUGCUGUUUCUUUUGGGUAAAUACAGGUAUCAUCUGUGUCUAACCGAUUUUUAAUGGGGUUGUCUUCCAUUCAGGGUCGUCUUCUAAAAGGGUAAAUACAGUAGUAGCCAUGAGAAUGGAAACUCCAGGUUCCAAGGCAGUCUAUCUGCUCUGUUUUUUUUAGUUUUGAUUUUAAUUGUUGACUGGUUUUAAUUGUUUUUAUUUUGUUGUAAACCGCCCUGAGCCAUUUUCUGGAAGGGCAGUAUAUAAAUCGAAUGAAUGAAUGAAUGAAUGAAUGAAUAAAAUCUCUCAACAGCAGUUGCUGAGAGCGGGCAGCAGGAGAAGGUUGUUGUCUUUGUGCCCAGUUUAUGGGCUUCCUAGUUGGAUCUGGCUGUCCUCUGUUGGAAACAGGAGACUGGUCUGGAUGGACCCUUAGCCUGAUCUAGCAGGGCUCUUCUUAGGAACAUAGGAAAUGGCCUUAUACUGAGUCAGAACAAUGGUUUGUCUAGCUAAGGAUUGUCUAAACUCUCCAGGGUUUCAGACCAGGGUCUAUCUGGAGAUAUCAGGAGUUGAACAUGGGACCUUCUGCAUGCAAAGCAAAUGCUCAACCAUGAGCAACAGCCUCAUCCUCAUUUCCUACUGUAGAGACUCAGAAGGACAGAUCAUCUGCCGAAGAAGCGGAUACUGCAUUGCCUUGAGAUUCAAAAGCCGGAAGGUCUGAAAUACUCCUCAGUGUCGAGCAAAAAUUGAAACGCUACAUUAAAAUGAAUGAUCGUACUUGACUUACAGACAUACUUGUUAUGAACAUUGGACAUCCGGAGAUCUUGGCUGCUUUAAGGGACGAGAGGUGUAACCGAAGCACUUUGGAGGCGCUCUGCAAUUGUUCGGAUCUGGGCCUGCCUUGAAUACUGCCUUGAGGUCCUCUUUGCCUGUGCUUGGUGCUGCAAUCAUUUCCUCUCAGCCUGUACAUUUGUAAAUAAACGUGGUGUGUUUUUUUACACCCGAAACCCUA